CACAGCUAGUAUUACCAUCACUGCCCGUGCCACUAUGGCAGCGUAAAAUGGAGUCUAGUUUAAUUACCUAUGUUUGAGCUGUAGGUUUGUUUACAGUUUAUGUUUGGUAUCUUGUAAAUAUUAAUCAGUAAUGUACCGUAUUGUUACUGUGCUUCACAUUCUGAAACGACGUGCCAUAAAUACUUCAUUAUUUUUUACCUCAAUUUAAACGUAGCAACCUAACCUAUCUGUGAGUAUUUGUACGUACGCCUUCAAAGUUUGUUAAGAAUAGUGAAUUUAAUACUAUACGAAUUUAUCAGUGUACAUUUCUGGUGAAUAUUGAACAAUAUAUUUUGUAGUCAGUAUGCCAGAAAACAUGUCCAAACAAACAAAGCGGAAGAUCACAGUAGAAACAACGCUAAAUAAAAAUAAAGAUUCACAAAGGAGACCCAGUGUAUUUGAACGUUUGGGAACAAAAGCAACAACGUCCAGUAGCACCAAUCAGACUAACAAUGAGAAUUUCUGCAGACAUUGGGCCCAAAAUGGGAACUGCCCAUAUGGGAAAAAUUGCAAAUAUGCAAAUACACACACUUUAAUUAGUCCAUCAAAGCAACGAGCAGCAAAAAAGGAUGGUGACAUAAAACAAAAGCAGAGUCACGGUUCCAGUUCGAAGUUGAACGGUAAAGAUGAGCUGAAUAAACGCCUCCAUUCAACGGUGGUUGUGAAGAAGACGCACAGUCCAGACCUGAACUGGGAAAACUGGGAUCAAACUGACCUGGAGUAUGAGGAUGAAAAGGCACUGGAGAAAAGGAGGCAAUUACUUCAGAGAGAACUGGAACUACAGAUGAAGAGGGAGAAGGAGGAGCAGCAAAGACAGAAGAAAGACAAGAAGACCAAGAAGGGCAUCAGCAGCUCAUCAUCAACAUCUGCCACCUCGAGCAGCACUACUGAGUCGAGCUCUAGCAGCGAUGAUUCAAGUUCCACUUCAAGCUCCACGUCCGCAGAUUCUAGGAGGAGGAAAGCAAAGAACAAGAAACUGAAACGGGACUCCAGUUCUUCUGCUUCAGAAACAGACCGUGUGUCAAAGAAAAAAUCCAACAGGAGUGGAAAGCCCUCAGUUAAGGGUGGAAGUUCCCCUCCUCCUACCAAAAAGGCUCCUGUUGCUCGAAGAGUGGAGGACCAGCGUUCAUCUUCAACAAAAAGGCGGGAAUCAUCCCCCCCGGCAAGAAAAGCGCCCCCGGCCUCGAAGUCAGGGCAGCAGCCUGCAAGAAGACGAUCGCUGACUCCAGUAGGGCGUAACAGUAGUGGGCAUCGACGAAGGUCCCAGACUCCGCCGCAUUCUACUGGGGGCAAGAACAAAACUACAUCUUCUGCCCGAUCAUCACUCGGCGCGAAGCAACCAGGCGCAAAGCAUCAGUCUCCAAGACCAAACCGCUCUCUGUCUCUUGACAGGAAAGACAAACACAACAGAAGCGUAUCCCCACUGCGUCCAUCAAUAAGGGAUCGCGAUCGCGACAGGGAUAGGGACAAAGAGAAGGAUCGAGAACGUGAGAGGGAAAGGGAACGUGAUAAAGAGAGAGAACGGGAGAGGGAGAAGGAGAAAGAACGAGAGAAGGAUAGAGGAAGAGAAAAAGAGAAGGAAAGAGAAAGGGACAAGGAGAAGGAACGAGAGCGUGAGAGAGAAAAGGACCAUGAUCGUGGGAGAAGUCGAUCCCCAAAGACUAAAGCGAAAGAUCGCUCAUCUCAUUCUCCACGAAGAGAUUCUAGGCCACCGAAGGACUUGAGGAAGAAAGAUUCUCCAGAUUCAGGCAAUUCUAAGGACAAAGGUUACCGAAUUUCUCCUGCAAAAUCUCGGAGCAGCACUGGAGGUGGAAGAGGGCGUGAUGGUAGCCUCGACAGUAAACGUACUACUGGCAAGAGUUCGCCCAGGGACCUGGACAGAAGAGACGUUAGAGAUUCGUGGUCAAAACAUGGAGAUGCUAGGAAAGACCAUGAGAGAGGCAGAGAAAAGGAUGAGCGAGACAGCAGGAGAGCAGACGCGUCAGACAGAGGAUUGCGGGACGGCCUUGGUGGAAAGGAUCGUGGCUCGAGGGAGACAACUCUGGAAAGGGGAGGAGGAAGUCGUGUUGGAAAGGAGGAUUCUGGGAGCCGCAGGGAUGACGGCGUUUCUUCUAGAAAGAGGGAGUCUCAGAUGUUGCCAGGGAUAGUAGAGAAGACAGCACAAGACAGAGACUUUAUGUCUAAAAGUCGAGACCAUGGGGAUGGAGACCGAGACAGGGAUAGGGAGCGUGGGCGAGAACCACGUGAUACCAGUAGAGACAACAGAGACGGUAGAGAGAUCAGGGAUAACAGGGACCCGAGAGAUAAUCGAGAUAGUUCCAGGGAUGGUCGGGACACCAAAGACAGUCGAGACAAUCUUGACCCUAGAUUAUCUAGGGAUGCCAGAAGUACAAGGGAAAGUAGAGAGGCUGCUAGAGAUAAAGAGCGUGAGGAAGCUUUGGAACGCUGCCGUGAACGUCAGCGUGAACGUGAGCGUGAGAAGGAAUUGAAUAAGGCCCGUGAAUAUGAACGAGAGUUACCCUCGCUGCUUUCUUUGAUGACACACAACCCUUCUGGACUUAAGCAGCCACCAUCUUGUGGUAGCAAGAACUCUGCUGACUUUCAUUCUGGGCCGAAGGGUGUUGAUAAAAUACUAGAUCGAGGCUCCGACAGAGACAGGGGUCUUGACCGAGGCUCCGACAGGGACAGGGGUGUUGACCGAGGCUCCGACAGGGACAGGGCACUUGACCGAGUGUCUGACAGGGACAGGGGCCUUGAAAGAGGUCCAGAACGAGACAGGGGACUCAGUAGAGGAUUGGAUAGAGGAUCUGACAGGGACAGGGGCCUUGAAAGAAUUCCUGAUAGAGAUAGGCCUUCUGAUCGUGAAAGAGGUUCAGACAGAGAGAGAACUCUUGAUAGGGGUUUGGAUAGAGGGUUGGGUAGGGGUCCAGAAAGAAUUGAUAGGGGAUUAGGUAGAGGUUCAGACAGAGGUCAAGAAAGGAGCAGCGAACGUGGAACAGAGAGGGGACUGGAAAGAGGUCCAGACAGAAACUUUGACAGGGUAUCAGACAGAGGGUUUGAUAGAAGUUCUGAAAGGGGACUUGAGCGUGGUCCUGAGAGGGGUUUUGAGCGAAGUCUUGAAAGAACUUCUCAUCUGGAUAGAGAGAGCAGGGACAAUCACAGUGAUCGUGAUUACCCACUUCCUCCAAGAAACAGGGAGUCGGAUGGUCGACGGCCGCCUCCUGAGGACAAGGAAUAUGACAGCCCAUUUGAGAGCAGGAGAGUGCGAGAUGAUAGAAGUCGAUAUUCUGACCAAAUGGAGAGAAAUCGCUAUGAUGAUCCUGCGCCCCAGCGUGAAGAUCCUCGUGGUUUGGUAGACAGACGUCUUGAUCCCAGGAACUUUUCAGAAGACAGACGAGGGCGUCGGGAAGGGCACAGCAGCAUGGAACCGUUACGAGGUCGUGACCCAUGGGAUGGUCGGGAGCGUGAUCCAAGAGAGAGGGACAGAGAGCAGAGAGAUAGAGAGAGGGAGAGAGAACUCCAUGAACGUGAGAGGGACCUGCGUGAACGAGAACAAGAGCGGCGAAGAGGUUAUGAACGUGAAGAGCCUCGGCCUCCAGGACCUUCGAUAAAAGGAAGGGACUGGGAGACGAGGGACUACACCGACAGCCGCCGAGAGUGGGAUGGGAGGGGCAGAAGGGGACUGCCUCCCGAGUGGGAGAAUGUACACAGAGGGGAGUGGGGAGACAAGGAAGGGCCACAUCCCAUUCCCCAUGCCAUAGAAGGGGAAUGGGGUUGCUUCCCUGGACCAGGAGCAGACUGGGCAGCAGGUGGUUGGGUGGAGGAAUGGGGUGAACGGCAGGGCGCGGGACUGGGCCCUUCGGGACGGCCACCGCCUCGAAUGUUGCCACCGCACAGGGAGGAGUCCCAGUCUCUGUUGCCAAGGGAUGAGCCAGCGCAUGAAGAUGGUACCAAAAAGUUGCAUGAAGAUACGAAGGAUAAAGAAUCGGUAUUAGAUGUUAAAGAAGAGAAGUUAGUCCUGCAAGGAACUGUUAAAGUGGAUGAGAGUCCAAUUAAAAAGCCAGGAGAAGCCCCGGAUUUGUCGGUAUCCGGCAAGAGACCUCGACCUGCUACUGACGGUGAAGCAGAUAAGCCUGAAGCGAAAAAAUUGUGUCUUGAGGAUUCCGCACCUCUCGAAGGGGAUCUCAGCGAUAUCAGUGAUGAUGAUGCAGAUGAAAUCCUCAAUCGGGAAGAUAGCGUGGAAGAGAUGGCGGUUGCAGUGGACGGUAAUGAUGUAGCCCUAGCACUGUCGCAUGGCACUGCUGAGGGGCCUUCCACACCGCUCUAUCACAGAGGCACAGAUGAGCACCCAGAACUAACAGCUGCUCGAUUGGUUGGAGAGCCUGUGACCCAGGUUCCAGCUGCGGUUCCGGUAGCACUUGGAGCCAGAGAGCCUGAGAGGGAAGCGGGAGAAAGGGAUGAGAGAUUGCCUUCCACUGUGCUUCAGGAAAUUAAUAUAGACUCUCAAACAGUGUUGAUGUCAUCCCGUAUUGAAGAACGGCAGCAGGAUGAGGAGACUAUGGACAACUUAGACUUUGAAGAAAUAUCAGAUGAAGAACUCGAUCCAGAAGAGGCUAAAACUGGUAUCGGAGAUGCGCUCGGUGUCGAUUGGGCGAGUCUUGUGGCUGAAUCUCGACCUCGCACGCGACCUGACUCAACUCCCGGUUCGGCUCGUCGACGGUGGGAAAGCCGUCGCGUGCUAGCCCGUCUCGGCGUAUCAGCCCGUUAUGGAGGAUGGGAUCUCGUGGAGGAUCUGAAAGCCAAGUACAAUGGUGUCAAACAGGAAACAGAGAAAGAUGGAAAAGAAAACGCUGCUCCUGAACCAGAGACUGGUACAGUUGCGAAAGAAGAAGUCUCAUCUCUGUCUUUCUUACAUCCGGUAGCAUCGAUUCACGUCGCCCUGCGAGAGCGUCAGGCCCGGCGUACAGCGCUGUUUGCAAGUUGUGGCCCUUACAAGCGGGCGUUAUCAGCACGGAGAGAUCUGGCAAUCAGGCGUCAGCUGUGUAAUCUGCCCGUGAAGGAGACCACAGGCGACAGCCAGCAGCCAGGCCCCGACGUUGAAAUUUACCGUCUCGGCGUGCAGUUGUUCGAGAGGAGUUUGUAAUUACAUGUGUGUAUAUUAUUCAUGUGGAUCUGUGCUUAUGUACGCAGCCAGAGUACGUUUUAGCGAGGGAAAUUGUAAAUCAUGAAUUUAUUUUUAUUUUUCUGUGAAAUGUUUAUGACCUGUUCAUUUCAUUUUUGGUUCACCUUUACAUGAGCUGGCGUAUCGUGGUAUAUGUUAUUAGUGUGUUCACACUUAGUUCACUGUAACAGUUUUUAAUGUCACAUGUAGGUACCCCAAAAAUAUUGCCACUUGCAGAGCUUGUAUGAAUAUUUGUCGUUCAAAAAGCAGUUUAAGGUUUACACGACUUUGUGAUUCAGUUCUGUCUCUAAGUAGAGUUGCCAUGGAUAGUGAUGCAGAAUGUUGCUUAAAAUAAAGGAACACAACUGCUGUGUGGAUGCACGGCGACUUCUCGGGGCACCCAAGAUCCGGUGCUUGUAUCUGAAAUGCUGUAAAAUUUCUUUCAUUUUUGUACGUGUAAUACGCUCUACUUUUUGUGUUCUGUAGCGAAACUUGUGUGUGGUCUGUUAAGUAAUAUUUAGAAUCAGUGAUUCUAAGUAUCAGACUUACACUCUUAAUUCACACUUGUCAGUAGACAAUGCGUUGUCAGAACGUGUGUCCGACAGAACUCCUCGUCUUCACCAGAGUUUUAGGGAAUGGAUCGGCCUUUUUGACGCAAGGUGACUGUAAUUGUUUUGUCCGUUUCAUUUUCAUUACUGCUCAUAUUGUGUCUUUGUGUCCAUGACAUAAAUUAGGUUCAAUAACAAUU